ACGGUACUGUGAUGACCUGAGAUUUUCCACGCAUAAACGCAAAUGUUUUGAAGUCUAUUCGACCGUGACAGCUCCGUGAUAUCAGGCGUAAUCUGAGAGUGCGCGCGCAUCAGUGCGCGGGCACAGUUCUCAGCACCAAGGACAGCGUCUCUCACAGAGCAUCAGGUCACCCUUGACAAAACCUUGACUACGAUUCAUUCACUGCAAGAGCGGGAGAAGUGAACGCAGAUGACUACAACAUUCCUGCAAAACUGAUUUUCCACCUUCUCCCGACAGAAAGAGAGCAUAUGUGAGGCGACUAUCAACAGGAGCGAGCAUCAUUUUCUACGAAGGCGUGUUGACACGCUUCUUGAAUAUGAACGGGCUUCGUAAGUGAAGCCCAUUCCUCCGCGGGGUAGACUGAGGUGAUCGCAUUCCAGUGCUGCUGGAGAGGACGCAGUGAGAGCGGAUAUCUGUCUAAUCAACGGACAUCGACACGCAUCCUCCACGGGGCACUCAGCUUGACUCCACUGCCAUCCAGGGCAAAAUGCGUUUGGUUCUGUUCGCCUUUCUCAUCUCGUGCUCCUGUGCGAGAGGCGGAUGCGAACCCAAGACUGUGAACAUCGGGGCUGUCCUGAGCCAGAAGAGAUACGAACAAGUGUUCAAAGACGCUGUCACCCAAGCUAACAACAUAUACGGCAAAGAUAAGUUCAAGAUGAACGCGAUUUCAGUCACCCAUAAGCCAAACGCCAUCCAGAUGGCACUCUCCGUAUGUGAGGAUCUCAUCUCUAACCAGGUGUAUGCGAUCUUGGUCAGCCACCCACCCCAGUCCAACGACCAUCUGACUCCCACCCCGGUGUCCUACACAGCUGGCUUUUACCGUAUCCCUGUAGUGGGCCUCACCACCCGCAUGUCCAUCUACUCGGAUAAGAGCAUCCACCUCUCCUUCCUGCGCACGGUGCCACCCUAUUCCCACCAAGCCCAAGUGUGGUUUGACAUGAUGCGUGAGUUCCAGUGGAAUCACAUCAUCCUGAUCGUGAGCGAUGACCACGAGGGCAGAGCGGCACAGAAAAGACUGGAAACCCUGCUGGAAGAAAGGGAGACGAAGAGUAAAAACAGGAACUAUGAAAACCUCGACCAACUGUCCUUUGACAACAAGCGAGGACCCAAGGCAGAGAAAGUGCUCCUGUUCAGCCAAGACACAAAUCUGACGGCUCUGCUCCAGGAAGCCAAAGAGCUAGAGGCCCGAGUUAUCAUUCUGUCUGCAAGUGAAGACGAAGCCGCGGCCAUUUACAAAGCGGCCCGCCAGCUCAAUAUGACAGGCUCUGGUUAUGUGUGGCUGGUUGGCGAAAGGGAGAUGUCUGGUAAAGCACUGAGUGAAGCCCCAGAUGGCUUGCUCGGCCUUCAGCUUAUCAAUGGCAAGAACGAGUCGGCGCACAUCUACGAUGCCGUGGCUGUGGUGGCCCAGUCCAUUCAGGAGCUCUUUGAGAAGGAGAAUAUCACAGAGCCUCCUCGAGGCUGUGUUGGCAAUACAAACAUCUGGAAGACUGGCCCACUCUUCAAACGAGUGCUGAUGUCAUCCAAGUAUCCAGAUGGCCUGACAGGCCGCGUGGAGUUUAAUGAUGACGGAGACAGGAGGUUCGCCCACUACAGCAUUCUGAACUACCAGAAAACCCGGCUGGUGCAAGUGGGCGUCUACAAUGGCUCGCAAGUUGUAAUGAACACUCAGAGGAAGAUAAUUUGGCCAGGAGGAGAAACUGAAAAGCCAAAAGGAUACCAGAUGUCAACCAGAUUAAAGAUUGUCACCAUUCAUCAAGAGCCCUUUGUCUAUGUGAAACCAACACUACGAGAUGGAACAUGUAAGGAAGAAUACACUGUAAAUGGAGUCCUGAUCAAAAAAGUGAUCUGCACUGGCCCUAAUGAGACCAUUCCAGGUAGGCAUUAUGUAUUAUAUGCAGUUUGUUGGACUACAGUUGUGCUCUCUCCAGAUCUGACUGGCUUGUGUAACUCUCUAGGUCGCCCCAUAGUGCCUCAGUGCUGCUAUGGGUUCUGCAUUGACCUUUUGAUCAAACUUGCAAAGACAAUGAACUUCACCUAUGAAGUGCAUCUAGUGGCUGAUGGCAAAUUUGGCACUCAGGAGCGUGUAAAUAACAGCAACAAGAAGGAGUGGAAUGGCAUGAUGGGAGAGCUCCUGAGUGGCUUGGCAGAUAUGAUCGUGGCUCCACUUACAAUCAACAAUGAACGAGCCCAGUACAUAGAGUUCUCGAAACCAUUUAAGUACCAAGGGCUCACAAUACUUGUCAAAAAGGAAAUACCACGCAGUACACUGGACUCGUUCAUGCAGCCUUUUCAGAGCACUCUGUGGUUACUGGUGGGUCUAUCGGUCCAUGUUGUGGCGGUGAUGCUCUACCUAUUAGACCGUUUCAGCCCGUUUGGAAGGUUUAAAGUAAAUAGUGAAGAGGAAGAAGAAGAUGCCCUCACCUUAUCCUCUGCUAUGUGGUUCUCCUGGGGUGUACUUCUGAACUCCGGCAUUGGAGAAGGUGCCCCUCGGAGCUUUUCAGCAAGGAUUUUAGGUAUGGUGUGGGCUGGUUUUGCUAUGAUUAUAGUUGCAUCCUAUACUGCCAAUUUGGCAGCCUUCCUAGUGCUGGAUCGGCCUGAGGAGCGCAUUACCGGCAUCAACGACCCUAGGCUGCGAAACCCAUCAGACAAGUUCAUCUACGCCACAGUGAAGCAGAGCUCUGUGGACAUUUACUUCCGGCGCCAAGUUGAGCUAAGCACCAUGUACCGCCACAUGGAAAAGCACAACUACGAGAGCGCCGCUGAAGCCAUCCAGGCCGUGCGAGACAACAAACUCCACGCAUUUAUAUGGGAUUCAGCAGUGUUGGAGUUUGAGGCCUCGCAGAAAUGUGACCUGGUCACCACAGGAGAGCUGUUCUUCCGCUCUGGAUUCGGUAUCGGCAUGCGUAAAGACAGCCCAUGGAAGCAAAAUGUCUCACUGGCCAUCCUCAGUUUCCAUGAGAAUGGCUUCAUGGAGGACUUGGAUAAAACCUGGGUCCGUUAUCAGGAGUGCGACUCCAGAAGCAAUGCACCAGCCACGCUCACUUUCGAGAACAUGGCAGGCGUGUUUAUGUUGGUGGCUGGUGGCAUCGUUGCCGGGAUCUUCCUCAUCUUUAUUGAGAUUGCGUAUAAACGACAUAAGGAUGCGCGCAGGAAGCAGAUGCAGCUGGCUUUUGCAGCAGUUAACGUAUGGAGGAAGAACUUACAGGAUAGGAAAAGUGGUAGAGCAGAGCCCGACCCCAAAAAGAAAGCCUCUUUUAGGUCCAUCAGUACCAACCUGGCCUCCAACAUCAAGAGACGUAGGUCGUCCAAAGACACGCCAUAUCCUACGGACAUUACCGGCCAGCUCAACCUGUCAGACCCCUCUGUGAGCACAGUGGUGUGAAAGUGGAGAGAAAAAGAGAAUAUGACAGGCAGAAAGAAACAGAGAGAGAGAAAGACUGGAAAAGCAGGACGCGGUGGGCUCAGCUUGAGACAACACCUUCAGCACCUACAUUUGAGCAAAAUCCACCCCGUGUCAGCAUAUGCACACUGGAUGUGAAACUUGUAUGGACACACUGUGCCAAAUUCACACUGCCACACAGUUCACACUAGACCAACACACACACUCUCACACACACACACACACACACACACACACACACAAAGUGCUUCACUUUUUACAAUUUUUUGCACAUAUCUAAAGAGUUUUUUGUGAAAUGUGUAAAUAUAUAUUCAGGCUUGCGUUUCUCCACAUUAGGUCAUCAUUCAGUCUUAACCAGAAAAAAUAAUAAUAAUACAGAAUAGUUUUUCACUUUUGUGAUACAGACAUACUUAUGUUUCAUACAGUACAUAUGUAAUAUAGUCUUUCUACCUCCACCUAAGAUAUAUGUAGCGUAUCUCAACACUUCAGUAGUGUUUUGAUGUUCUCCCAUUUGAAAAGAGCAAACACAAAACAUAUCUUCGACUUCUUUGUAUAUUUAGAUUUGAAAAAGUAGGUUAGGGUAGAAAUUGCGUUGCUAGAAAUAAUACUGUAGGUGAAAGUUUGGCACAUUUUGAUCAUCGUUGCACUUUGCUGUACACUUUGUUUCCUAAUAUGCGAUUCUCUCCCUUCACUGCCGUCUUCAAAACACUCUCCUGAGGUUGCUUCGGACACAUACUGUGGAUGUUAUUUAUUCAUUUAUGUUUUUUUUAUCUUUUGUACAACAAUAAUUCUUUUCGACGAGAAUUAUUUGAAUUACAGCAUAUAAUACGGGGUCUAUCUAGCCAGGGGCUAAUGUAGCAGAUCCGACCUUGUUAAGCCUGUCGUAAAAGUUUAACGACGAAACUUCAAACGAACGAAAGGAACCCGCUUAUGGUAAAGAGUGGCGUAGAUGUAAUGAAGCAGAUAUUAAUACAGGAUCUUUUGAGCUUCAUCUUGAACCUUGCUUGAAAUUCCCUGUAAUAAUUUCUGUUUUAUUGUUGCUGGUAGCUAGCGUCUUUUUGCUACCACGCUGGGAACCUUUCCUCGCAUUAUAUAUUUCAUCAUGUCACCAUAAUAUAUGAGCCGUACUCUAUUUUGUCUGUGUGUAAUAAUAACACUAGAUGCUAUUUCCAUUGUUUGUCGUCGAGCUUUUGCUCUGUGGACUAGUUAAAUGGUUACCGGCAAAAGUGGUAAUUUAUAAUAUGAGUCAGUCGUCUUUUUCUGUGGGCUUUAAAAGUAUACUGACCAAUAAUAGGCGUAUUAGUAUAGAUCGUUUGUCUCAAACAAUCAAUCUGAGGGCUUUGCUAACUAUCGUGAGAAGUUUAGAAUGUGAACUGCGCGUACUGUAACAGUAAUGGAGCUAUUUUAUAAGGUGAACACAUUAAUAUGAGAAAAAUAUAUGUUUUAGAUUAAAAUCGAGAGUUUUAUAGAAAAA